CCUUGGGUACUGGAGGUGGCACAGACUGUGCUGAUCCUUAGGCUACCCGCCCCCUUCUUAAGUCUAGGGUGCGCAAACUCAGAGCAGCAGAAGUCCAAGCCCUGGGAAAUGUGGCCCAAGGCCAAGGCUGACACUGUUGUAACUCCUAGCCCCGCCCCCUGCCUGGGCCGCUGGAAAGCCGACUGCAAGCAAAUUGUUGGGGGCAGAAAUGGCUGUCAGCCGCCAAGGUCUCAACAGGGCUUUGCACUCCUCUUCCUGCCCAGCUUGGAAACGAACUCAGUCCGGAACCGGGGGACGCUUGAAGCCCGAGUACGAUGCGGUGGUGAUAGGAGCAGGGCACAAUGGGCUGGUGGCUGCCGCAUACCUCCAGAGAUUUGGGGUGAACACUGUGGUCUUUGAGAGGCGUCAUGUGAUUGGGGGCGCAGCUGUCACUGAGGAGAUCAUUCCAGGAUUCAAGUUCUCCCGAGCAUCCUAUCUCCUCAGCCUCCUGAGGCCACAGAUUUACACAGACCUGGAGCUGAAGAAGCAUGGGCUAAAGCUUCACUUCCGAAAUCCCUACUCCUUCACCCCCAUGCUGGAAGAGGGUACACUGAGCAAGGCACCUAGGUCCCUGCUGCUGGGCACAGACAUGGCUGGAAACCAGAAGCAAAUCUCUCAGUUCUCACAGAAGGAUGCCCAGGCCUUUCCCAGGUACGAGGAGUUCAUGAAACGCUUGGUUCUGGCCAUUGACCCCCUGUUGGAUGCGAUCCCAGUGGACACAGCAGCCUUCCAGCAGGGCUCCCUGCUACAGGGACUCAGGGCACUGUCCACCCUGAGGCCCCUGCUGAAGGCAGGACGCACCCUGGGAGCCCAGCUCCCCCAGUACUACCAGGUCCUCACAGCCCCCAUUUCCAAGGUGUUGGACCUAUGGUUUGAGUCUGAGCCUCUAAAGGCUACGCUGGCAACAGAUGCUGUGAUUGGAGCCAUGACAAGUCCCCACACUCCAGGGAGUGGGUAUGUGCUGUUGCAUCACGUGAUGGGUAGCCUGGAGGGGAUGCAGGGCGCCUGGGGCUAUGUCCAGGGUGGCAUGGGUGCCCUCUCCGAUGCCAUUGCAAGUUCAGCUACUGCGCACGGAGCCAGUAUCUUUACGGAAAAGACUGUGGCUAAGGUGCAGGUGAACAGUGAAGGCAAUGUUCAAGGAGUCGUACUGCAGGAUGGCCAGGAGGUCAGGAGCAGAGUCGUCUUAUCCUGCGCAUCACCACAGAUCACCUUCUUGGAGCUGACGCCACAGGAGUGGCUUCCCAAGGCCUUUGUGAAGAGGAUCUCCCAGCUGGACACACAGUCUCCGGUUACCAAGAUCAACGUGGCUGUGGACAGGUUGCCAAACUUCCACGCGGCCCCCAAUGUCCCCAGGGACCAGAUAGAGCCAUAUCAUCAGUGCUCCAUCCACCUGAACUGUGAAGACACCCUUCUCCUCCACCAGGCCUUCGAAGAUGCCAAGGGUGGCCUGCCUUCCCAAAGGCCUAUGAUUGAACUCUGCAUCCCUUCAUCACUGGACCCCACCCUGGCUCCGCCCGGCUGCCAUGUGAUCUCCCUCUUUACUCAAUACACACCCUACACCUUGGCAGGAGGCAAGACCUGGGAUGAGCAGGAGAAAAACACCUAUGCAGACAAAGUGUUUGACUGCAUUGAGGCCUAUGCCCCCGGCUUCAAGAGUUCUGUGUUGGCCAGAGAUAUCCUCACUCCACCGGAUCUAGAGAGAAUCUUCGGGCUUCCUGGAGGGAACAUAUUUCAUGGCGCCAUGUCUCUGGACCAGCUCUACUUUGCCCGUCCAGUGCCCCAACACUCUGGCUACAGAUGCCCUGUCCAGGGCCUGUACCUCUGUGGAAGUGGGGCCCACCCUGGAGGAGGCGUCAUGGGAGCAGCUGGACGGAAUGCGGCCCACACGGUCUUUAGGGACCUCAAGGGCCUGUGAUGCUGGAUCAGCUCUGACCCCGGGAGAAAAGUUUGCCUUGCACUGUUGAGCCGCCUAUCAGGCCACCUGUCCAAGAUGCCCUGUUAAAAGGAUACCACGGGAGGCGACUAUGUUAACAAAGUGCCAUCGUCUCUGAAUCGGGCCCAAGUCACAUUGAGUUCCCAGGCCUGGACUAUCUGAGCGUGUCUUAUUAAAAACAGUGUUUUGUACAGAGA